AAAAAUUUAAAAGUGCGUGUGUAAACUGUUUUUAACCGCGUUCCAUUUUAUCUUGGGUACUUCUUUUCCUCUGGUUGUAUUUGCCACAAAGGAUGGGAAUUGCCUGAAAAAUAACAAUGUCGAGCUUGAAAUUUAUGGUUGCCCAUUUGGUUGGUUAGGAACAAUUUCAAACCCAGGUGUAAAUGAUGGACCUGUCGAAAGAUUGUCUUGAAGGUCCCCCCCAAACGAUCCAAUAACAGUUCUGGGAAACGUGCCCUCAUUUUGGUGGUAAAUAUUGCAGCUCCAAUGGAACAGAAGACUUUUAGCUCUUACUUGUGAACGAGUAUAAACAUGAAAGGCGACGUGAUCCGCGAGCUUGUAGCCUCAGGCGUUUUGACCGUCCUUGGAUUGGGCCUGGUCACGGAAAUUUUGUGGGUUGUUCAAAGGCCAGACGAUAUUGAUUGGAGAACCUCAUUGAGAGGACAACAGAACCAAUUUCCACCUCACAUCUGGCCCUCGAUCUCCUCGUUCUUCUCCCUUCAAGACGAAAGUGACAAGACAGCCCAAGAUCAACAGCCAGAUGAACAACAGACCAAAGACGAAAUGGACAUGGCCGACAACACACACCACCCACGAGUGGGACCAUUAGCCGAAUUCCAUGUAUAUGAUGAUCCCGAGGGUGAAGAUGACAUAGAAGUCGAAUGGACAUCUACAAGGUCGUUUUCUAGUCAUCCAUAUUCAACGUACCGCCGACAGCGUCACCCUGCUGAUGAUCCCAUUUGCAUAGGAAUGAUCGUCAAGAAUGUGUGGCGACCAGGCAAGAAGGGUGUGAAAUUGAGGCAACAGUUCUUCACGGUUCUGAGAAGUAUUCUGCGACAGUCCCGUCGCAAGUCACUUCACUUUGUCUUUCUCACCGAUCCCAUUAGUGUUCCACUCCUUGAUCCCAUCUUGAAGAAGUACCUUCCCAUCGACCUCAACGGACUUAGUUCGAUUGGUUUGAACGUGACGUAUGAUUUCUUUGACGUUCAAGCUAUCUCCCGUCGCUUCUCAUCUACCAUCCGUCGACUCAAGCCCAAUUUUACUUCGGGCUCGGUGGAAGCCGCCAAAUACAGAGAUGAUCUCUUUAUGAUCGGUCCCUUCUAUCAUCUCAUUUUUCCAUUCCGUCGCUUUAUCAUGCUUGACAUUGACCUCAAAUUUAGGAUAGACAUCCAAGAGCUGGACGCCCAAUUCGAUCUCUUUGAGCCAGAGAUUCUGAUGGGGGUCGGUCUGGACCUGUCUCCUCAUUAUCGACACGUCCUUCGCUAUUAUCGGGAACAGAACCCGGGAACACACAUCGGGGAACCCGGUCGAUUCCAGGGCCUUAACACAGGAGUGGUUCUCUUCGAUUUCGAAAAAAUGCGAACCAACGUGGACUUCAAUCGGAUGGUAAUGAAUCACGAGGGCGUGGUGGACCGCUUGUCAGAGAAGUACAUCUUCAAAAGCCAUUUAGGGGACCAAUGCCUCUUCACUCUCCUGGCUUUGGAACGACCGGAAUGGUUCCAUGUUCUGCCUUGUGAAUUCAAUUACCAGCUAGACACUUCGAUGAUGCGAUAUCCGUUCCUUCAUAUCUUUCAAAGCUAUCAUAACUGUACGGCCUCGCCAAAAAUCUAUCACGGAAACGGGGGAUUUGAAAUUCCAGAAGAAGACUGAAUAAAUAACAAGAAUGCCAUUUCAACGUCGUCAGAUCACAGGAAGACUUUAUUCGGGCUAUAGCAUUGCCUCCCUAUAAAGUUACCGAAAUACCGUUCACCUCACCAGUAACCUCAAGAAGAGGCCACCAUCGUUCAAAAAUGCAUCUGAAAUACACACUAACAGUUUCACAGCUGAAGUUCGGACCUGAAAGUUUCAUUUCCAGUGGCAAAGUUUUCCUUCAUUUUCAUCUCGUUCAGGCGCAGAUGGUCGCCACAGAGAAAUGGGAAGAUUUCAUCUGAUGCGUUUGAUAGGUGGAUCUCAUUCCAUAAAAAAAGUUUCUUGCUUCCCGCAGAAAAAGCCCAGAGAGGAAAACGAGUCGCCAAAUGAAAGUUUUUGUGCCGAAACUAAGCCAGCCAAUUUGCUCACUAGAAGAUCGUAUCGUCGAGUUUCUACACACAUUGGA